GCUGAGCUGCACACAGGGACCUUGCCACAGAUCCAGAGCACAGCACUUCGAGGCGAGAAACUCCAUCGUGUUUUCCAUUAUGUCCUAGAUAACCUGGUCAAUGUGAUGAAUGGAUUCUGCCUGCCAGAGCCCUACUUCAGCAGCAAGGUGAAAGCCUGGGUUGAGCGACUCAUGAAGACACUGAGAGAUCCAUCUUUGCCUCUUCUGGAACUUCAGGAUAUCAUGACCAGUGUUUCUGGGCGAAUACCGCCCAACGUGGAGAAGUCCAUCAAGAAGGAGAUGGCCCAGUACGCCAGCAACAUCACAUCGGUCCUUUGCCAAUUUCCCAGCCAACAGAUUGCCAAUAUCCUGGAUAGCCACGCGGCCACCUUGAACCGCAAAUCGGAGCGAGAGGUCUUCUUCAUGAACACCCAGAGCAUCGUGCAGCUUGUGCAGAGGUACCGGAGUGGUAUUCGGGGCCACAUGAAAGCGGUGGUGAUGGAUCUGCUCCGCCAGUAUCUAAAAGUGGAGACUCAGUUUCAGCAUGGUCACUAUGACAAGUGUGUCUUUGCCCUUCGGGAGGAAAAUAAAAGCGACAUGAAUGCUGUUCUGAACUACAUCUUUUCACAUGCUCAGGUCACCAAGAAGAACCUGCUCGUUACAAUGCUCAUUGACCAGCUAUGUGGCCGUGACCCCACCUUGACAGACGAGCUCAUUAAUAUCCUGACAGAGCUGACGCAGCUCAGCAAGACGACCAACGCCAAGGUGGCCCUGCGAGCCCGGCAGGUUCUCAUUGCUUCCCACUUGCCAUCCUACGAGCUGCGUCACAACCAGGUGGAGUCCAUCUUCCUGUCGGCCAUUGACAUGUACGGGCACCAGUUCUGCAUCGAGAACCUGCAGAAACUCAUUUUGUCUGAGACAUCCAUCUUUGAUGUGCUACCCAACUUCUUUUACCACAGUAACCAGGUGGUAAGAAUGGCAGCUUUGGAGGUGUAUGUUCGAAGGGCAUACAUUGCCUACGAGCUGAACAGCGUUCAGCACCGGCAGCUCAAAGACAACACGUGCGUGGUGGAGUUCCAGUUCAUGCUCCCUACCUCCCAUCCAAACAGAGGGAACAUCCCCACGCUAAACAGAAUGUCCUUCUCUUCCAACCUCAAUCACUACGGGAUGGUGCACGUGGCCAGCGUGAGCGACGUGCUGCUGGACAACUCGUUCACGCCGCCGUGCCAGCGCAUGGGCGGGAUGGUCUCCUUCCGCACCUUCGAGGAGUUCGUCAGGAUCUUUGAUGAAGUGAUGAGCUGCUUCUGUGACUCUCCUCCACAGAGCCCAACCUUCCCUGAAGCUGGUCAUGCUUCCUUGUAUGAUGAGGACAAGGCCGCCCGCGAGGAGCCCAUCCACAUCCUCAACGUUGCCAUCAAGACGGACGGCGACGUCGACGACGACGGCCUGGCCGCCAUGUUCCGGGAGUUCACGCAGAGCAAGAAAUCGGUCCUGAUUGAACAUGGGAUUCGGCGGCUGACUUUUCUUGUAGCACAAAAGGACUUCAGGAAACAGGUCAACUGUGAGGUCGAUCAGAGAUUUCAUAGGGAAUUUCCAAAAUUUUUCACGUUCCGUGCCAGGGAUAAGUUCGAGGAAGAUAGGAUCUACCGUCACCUGGAGCCAGCUCUGGCUUUCCAGCUGGAAUUGAACCGGAUGCGGAACUUUGAUCUCACUGCCAUUCCGUGUGCCAAUCACAAAAUGCACCUCUACCUGGGAGCCGCCAAGGUCGAGGUGGGGACAGAAGUGACGGACUACAGGUUCUUCGUGAGGGCCAUCAUAAGGCACUCGGACCUGGUGACCAAGGAAGCCUCCUUUGAGUACCUGCAAAAUGAGGGAGAGCGAUUGCUUCUGGAAGCCAUGGAUGAAUUGGAGGUGGCUUUUAAUAACACCAACGUGCGCACCGACUGCAAUCACAUCUUCUUAAACUUUGUGCCUACUGUCAUCAUGGACCCGUCUAAGAUUGAAGAGUCCGUGCGGAGCAUGGUGAUGCGCUACGGCAGCCGCCUCUGGAAACUCCGUGUGCUCCAAGCUGAGCUGAAAAUCAAUAUCCGCCUGACGCCCACCGGGAAGGCCAUUCCCAUUCGCCUCUUCUUGACCAAUGAGUCCGGCUAUUAUUUGGACAUCAGUCUGUACAAAGAAGUGACAGACUCGAGGACAGCGCAGAUCAUGUUCCAAGCAUAUGGGGAUAAACAGGGACCUCUUCAUGGGAUGCUGAUCAACACCCCGUAUGUGACCAAAGACCUGCUUCAGUCCAAGAGAUUCCAGGCCCAAUCCUUAGGGACAUCGUACGUCUAUGACAUUCCCGAGAUGUUUCGGCAGUCUCUGAUUAAGCUCUGGAACUCCAUUAAUGAACAUCCAUUCCUGCCCACGCUGCCGCUGCCCUCCGACAUCCUGACGUAUACGGAGCUGGUGCUGGAUGACCAGGGCCAGCUGGUGCACAUGAACAGGCUCCCGGGAGGCAAUGAGAUUGGCAUGGUGGCCUGGAAAAUGACUCUCAAAACGCCCGAGUAUCCAGAUGGCCGAGAUAUCAUUGUCAUUGGCAACGACAUUACCUACCGAAUAGGUUCUUUCGGGCCUCAGGAGGACGUGCUGUUCCUGAGGGCUUCGGAGCUCGCUCGCACGCACGGUAUUCCCCGCAUCUACGUGGCCGCCAACAGCGGAGCCAGGAUCGGUUUGGCUGAGGAGAUUCGGCACAUGUUCCACGUGGCCUGGGAAGACCCGGAUGACCCGUACAAAGGAUACAAAUAUUUGUACCUGACUCCUCAAGACUAUAAGAAAGUCAGUGCCUUGAACUCAGUCCACUGUGAGCACGUGGAGGACAAUGGAGAGUCCAGGUACAAGAUAACAGAUAUUAUCGGGAAGGAAGACGGACUUGGAAUUGAGAACCUCAGAGGAUCUGGCAUGAUUGCUGGAGAAUCGUCUUUAGCCUAUGAGAGUAUUAUCACCAUCAAUCUGGUAACAUGUCGGGCUAUUGGGAUCGGGGCCUACCUUGUUCGGCUCGGGCAGAGGACCAUCCAGGUUGAGAACUCGCACAUAAUCCUGACCGGCUGCGGAGCCCUCAACAAAGUGCUUGGACGGGAGGUUUAUACUUCCAACAACCAGCUGGGCGGCAUCCAGAUAAUGCACAACAACGGCGUGACGCACGGCACCGUGUGUGACGAUUUUGAAGGAGUCUACACCAUUCUGCAGUGGCUCUCCUACAUGCCAAAGAGUGUGUACAGCCCUGUUCCUAUCCUCAAAGUCAAGGAUCCAAUAGACAGAGCCAUAGAGUUUGUUCCUACAAAGACUCCCUAUGAUCCCCGCUGGAUGCUGGCUGGACGCCCAAGCCCAAGUCAGAAAGGCCAGUGGUUGAGUGGUUUCUUUGACAACGGCUCGUUCCUCGAGAUCAUGCAGCCCUGGGCCCAGACAGUUGUGGUUGGUAGAGCCAGGCUGGGAGGAAUACCUGUAGGAGUAGUUGCCGUAGAAACCAGAACAGUGGAGCUGACUAUCCCUGCUGAUCCUGCAAACCUGGACUCCGAGGCCAAGAUAAUCCAGCAGGCUGGCCAGGUGUGGUUCCCCGACUCUGCCUUCAAGACGGCCCAGGCCAUCAACGACUUCAACAGAGAGGGGCUGCAGCUCCUGGAUUGGAGAGGCUUCUCCGGUGGCAUGAAAGACAUGUACGACCAAGUGCUGAAGUUCGGCGCCUACAUCGUGGACGGCCUGCGGGAGUAUCGGCAGCCCGUGCUCAUCUACAUCCCGCCGCAGGCGGAGCUCAGAGGAGGCUCCUGGGCUGUGAUCGACCCCACCAUUAAUCCCCGUCACAUGGAGAUGUACGCGGACCGGGAGAGCAGAGGAGGAAUCCUGGAACCGGAGGGGACAGUAGAAAUCAAAUUCCGCAGGAAAGAUCUGGUGAAGACGAUGCGGCGGGUGGACCCCAUCUACAUGCGCCUGGCGGAGCGGCUGGGUACGCCAGAGCUGAGCGCCGCUGAUCGGAAAGAGCUGGAGACGAAGCUGAAGGAACGGGAGGAAUUCCUCGUUCCCAUUUACCACCAGGUAGCCAUGCAGUUUGCCGACCUGCACGACACGCCGGGCCGGAUGCAGGAGAAAGGGGCCAUCACCGACAUUCUAGACUGGAAAACUUCCCGCACGUUCUUCUACUGGAGAUUAAGACGCCUUCUGCUAGAAGACGUGGUCAAGAAGAAGAUCCAUGAUGCCAAUCCUGAGCUGACUGAUGGGCAGAUCCAGGCUAUGCUGAGGCGCUGGUUUGUGGAAGUUGAAGGGACCGUGAAGGUAAAUGAAAAAGCAGCUUCUCCAGAGCAGUUCUAUUUCCUGGGCUUAAGCUCAAUGACGUCCUCCCAAGAGGACGCUGAGGCCUAUCUGUGGGACAGCAACAAGGACCUCGUGGAGUGGCUGGAGAAGCAGCUGGCGGAGGAGGAAGGCGUCCGCUCCGUGGUGGAGGAGAACAUCAAGUACAUCUCGAGGGACUACAUCCUGAAGCAGAUCCGCAGGUGA